UUUGUCCUCCUGAAACGAAUGAAAUACUUUUUCUUGCUCCCCCUUUCUCUGCUAGAAUAUGAAAAAUCGUUUCUCUAUUUUAUCUUCUUCUUUCUGUCUUCCAAAUCCGUUCCAUUUUCCUCCCCUGUUCUGUUUAAUUGAACCAGCUAAAAAGCAUAAUUAGCAUUUAAAUCUGUCUUUUACGGGACCAACCACCUCUCUCUCUCUCUCUCUCUCUCUCUCUCUCUCUCUUUCUCUCAUGCUAUCUCUCUCAUGUUCUCUCUUUCUCUAAUUCUCUCUCGUGUUCUCCCUCUCUCUCAUGUUCUUUCUCUAAUGCUCUCUCUCUCUCUUAUGCUCUCUCUCUAAUGCUCUCUCUCUAAUGCUCUCUCUCUAAUACUCUCUCUCAAGCUAAUUCUCUCAUGCUCUCUCUCUCUUUCUCACAUGUAUACUCUUUCUCACUCUCAUGUUCUCUCUCUCUCUUUCCCUCUCUCCCCUCUCUCUCUCUCACGCUCUCUCUCUCUCCAAGUCUCUGUCGCUAAGGCAACCAAUGCUUUUUCUCACUCUGACACACUCAGGCUCUCUCCCACUCCCUCCAUCAGCAGCGAGCGGUAAGCAUGUGGACUGAUGGCUGUCUACACACUGGUGAUCUGCAUGCAUUUGUGUGCAUGAGUGUGAGUGUGCAUGUGUGUUUCUCUUUUUCACAUGUAGGAGUGUUAAAGAUGUCAUUAGAUCUGAAUCCAGUUGUUGAGUUAUUGCCUGAGUCAGGAACUGGAUUAAAGCAGUGGAUGUGUCUACAGGUGUGUGUGUGUGUGUGUGUGUGUGUGUAUUGGGGGGUGUAGAAUGGGCAAUAUAUACAGUGAAAAUACUGUGCUGCUUUAGUUUCCACCCUUGCAUAUGUGUAUAUGAAUGGUUUUAUUAAUGUGAGUGUGUGCGUGUGUGUGUGUGUGUAAUUGGUUUUAUUAGUGUGUGUGUGUGUGUGUGUGUAUGUGUGUGUAUGUAAAUGUGCGCUGAAAUGUUCCUCUGAGGGCAUUUUGUGUGUGUUUGAUACUUGUGGUUAUGUAUGACUGAAAGACGUGAGUUAAUGUGUUUGUUUGUGUUCUCCGUCUCAAGCAGCAGCGUCGUUCCCCCCUACAGCCAUCUGUUUACGAUCUUUCAGUAAGUGUCAGGAGCCAAACGCUCCUCCUCUCAUCGUCUCCCUCUUUCAAGGGAUGAUCAGAGGAGCAAAGAACCAGUGAAAAGAGAAGCGAUGGAGCGAUGCUCCAUCUCUGGACUCACUGCUCUCUUGCGCCUCCUGCUGGUUGCCGUCGUUGUUUGCCCCCCUCCUUGCCGCGCGGCCGACGAGCCUGCCGACAUGCAGCUGUCCGCCACACCCCAGGCCACACCCACUCCGCUCUGGGCAGUCGACUGGGGUCCCACGCAGCCGCUGGAGGACGAGACGCAUCACUUCCUGCCCAGUCAGGAAGCCGAGGGCGUGAAGCAGGCCACACCCGAGGUGUGGCCGCGUCGCAGGAACGCCCAAGCCAACCAAACCCAACAGCAGCCGCUGUCCAUCGAAGCCAAGGACUCGGGAGAGGAGCCAGAACGAGAUGCAGAGGAAAGAGAGAUUGAAGAAGUGGAUCCUCAGUUUUAUGUGACCGUAACUAUCUCAUCUCUUCUGAUUCUCUCUGCACUCAUCAUUUCGGCCAAACUCUGUUAUGACCGCAGCCUCUCUCAGCGUCCUCCCCCUCUCUCCCUCGCCAUCCCUCGUUCCCUGGCCCAAGAGGAUAGCAGGCACACACUUCAGAGCACCCCCUCGUUCCCUGACAGAGAAAGACUUCCUGUGGUCAAUCUUUGAACAGCUGACUGUGCCAAGCUUGCUAAUCACAUCCUCUGGGCAUGGAAUGUGAAAAAAAGGGUAAAUAUGAGAACAAACACAGAACAUGCGAAACUGCAUGAAGAUGGAUACAUGAAAGAGAAUAUGUGUGGAUGGAUAAGGCUCUGAGGAUUGGGGCUGUAUAUAUUUGGUGACGUUUUCUGGAUGGAUGUACAGACAUGGAAAGGAGGCCAUACAUUCUUUCAAGAUGGAGGUUCAGGCUCUCUUCUUCAGCAAUUUUGAAUUUUUUUUGUUUUUUUUUUGGGCUUGGGUAGGGUGGGGUGGGGUUCUUUUGCCGUCGCACAUAUCGUAUUCUAUUUCUUUACUUACUGCAGCCAUUCCCGAAGGCUUAAUGAAUACUACCUGCUUGCUGAGCUGUAACGUCGUCUUCAUUAUUGGUUUACGAUCUGGUUUAUUACUCGUCCCGUUUAGUGAUUGCUCUCUCGCACAAACCUGUUGUUGUAUUUCCAAUGCCCUAUGUAGCAUUUAUUAAGGUUCAAAGAAUGACUGCAUUUUGUGCCAAGUGUGUUAAAUGUAGCCUAUUUUCUAUGGCUCUGUAUUUCGACUGUUCUGUUUUAUAUAGCUCUCACUCUUGGCAACAGCAAUGUGCUGAUGUUUACAACCCUAAAGCCCAUCAACCUCACACUAGAAAUCCUUUCGAUCUCUACAAAACACGCCUAUGAUGUGUUUCUCGUUAAUGUUUACAGAAUUGUGUCUGCACAUUGGUGAAUGUAUUAUGAUGACUUUAUAUGGUGGCAGACUACACCACUGUCGUCAGUGUUUAAGCUGCCAGAGAAACAUGGAAUAGUGGUUAAAAAUGAACUUGCUGAUGAUGGAGUAUUGUGAUUCAGAACUUAUGGCUGUGUACUGAACGCUUUGUGUAAGUGUGUGAAGGUUUACGAAUGGCCAGUCUUAUAUUUACAGCUGCUCUUAUAGAGGGAUUUUGACAUUUAAAAGCCAUGAAUACACUUUAGAAUUGUUGUAAUUUGGUGAAACUCCAUAGUGCAUGAUUAAAUUGCCCAUCCACUUGGUGUGACUGAAAUGCCAUGACAUUGUGGUGUUCACACUGUAACUGAAACACACCCGCUAUGGACACUUGUGUCUGUUGAAAACAAUCAAAUUGUUCGGUGUAAUAUACAGACACACACUUAGCCACAGUCAUUACAACACCAGCUAUCACUUGACAAUGUUCUUCUCAUUUAACCCGGUCAAUUAAGGUGACAAGGAAAUAUCCUCCAGAUGUUUUGUGAGACUUCUCACACUGUAAGACAAACGGCCAUGUCAUAUAUUCCUGCAGUCAUAGAACAGCUCAAUGGGAGAUCUUUUUGGCAGUUAAACAGGCAUUAGCAUACUCCACAACUGAAAAGACCUAAAUUAUUUGCUGUAGCAGCAAAGAUGAAGGAUGUCAAGGGCUUAAAGUGUUGCACAAGACAAUGGUUAUGGGAAGAAAUCCAUUCCCAGACCUGCCAACCCCGAAGAGGAGUAAUGCAUAGUCCUGCUGGCAUUUUUCAUGGGGUAGUUGCUUACAACUCAGUAAAAAAAAACCAAAAACAUAAGUACAUUACAUUUUCGAUGUAACCCUUUCACAAAUCACUUGUCUAAUGUCACUAAUAGAAACUGUGAAAUGGUUCACAGUUCUGCUGCUCGAGCUAUUUGAACAAGUCUGAGCACAGACCGAUGCAGGAGUGCAAAGCAAACAAAAGCAUUUUUUAUAUCUCUUUCCAAUUAUCUUUACAAUUAACAUUAUUUGUAAAGAGUUACUGACACUUCUGACACUGACUCUUCAUUGUAGGCCUAUUUUUGUGGUUAAAAUUUUCAUUUUAUGGCCACGUUUACUUUUCCAGUACUGAUACUGAUAUUGUUUCUUGAAAAACUACAAAGGCUGAAAAUGUGUAUAUACUUUAUUAGGAACACCUACUCAUUCAUGCAAUUAUCUAAUCAGCCAAUCAUGUGGCAGCAGUGUAAUGCAAAAAAGUCAUGCAGAUACAAGCCAGCAGCUUUGGGUAAUGUGUUCGUGUCUGUGGUAACACACACACACUCACCGAACAUUUUAUUAGGAACACUAUACUAAUACUGGGUAGGAGCUAUCCAAGAUGUUGAAAACAUUCCUUUGAGAUUCUGGUCCAUGUUGGAAUGAUUGCAUCAUGCAAUUCCUGCAGAUUUUUCAGGUGCACUUUCAUGCUGUGAAUCUCCUGUUCUACCACAUCCCAAAGGUGUUCUACUGGAUUCAGAUCCGGUGACUGGGAAGGCCACUGAAGAACACUGAACUCAUUGUCAUGUUCAUGAAACCAGUUUGAGAUGACUUUUGCUUUGUGAAAUGGUGCGUUAUCAUGCUGGAAGUAGCCAUUAGAAGAUGAGUAAAUUGUGGCCAUGAUGGUAUACACAUGGUCAGCAACAAUACUCAAAUAGGCUGUGGCAUUCAAAUGAUGAUUGAUUGGUAUUAACAGGCCCAAAUUGUGCCAAGAAAACUUUCCCCACACCAUUACACAACCCCCACUAGCCUGGACUGUUGGCACAAGGCAGUUUGGGUCCAUGGAUUCAUGCUGUUGGUGCCAGAUUCUGACCCUACCCGCUGUGUGCCUCGAGAUUCAUCAGAUCAGGCUACAUUUUUCCAGUCUUCAGCUGGCGUUUUCAUCUGCAGAACUGCUGCUCACUGGAUGUUUUUUCUUUAUUGCACCAUUCUGUAAACUCUAGAGAUUGUUGUGUGUGAAAAUCCCAGGAGAUCAGCAGUUACAGAAAUACUCAAACCAGCCUCUCUGGCACCAACAAUCAUACCACGGACAAAAUCACUGAGCUCACAUUUUUCCCCAUUCUGAUGGUUGAUGUGAACAUUACCCAAAGCUGCUGGCUUGUAUCUGCAUGAUUUUUUUGCAUUACACUGCUGCCACAUGAUUGGCUGUUUAGAUAAUUGCAUGAAUGAGUAGGUGUUCCUAAUAAAGUUCCUAAUAAAGUACAUAAAAUAUUUACAUAUUUUUUUCUCCAAAAUAUUAAAAUACUAAAAUGAAUCCUAACAAAAGAAAAAUUAGUAAGUCUCUUUAUACAUUGUGGUCCAAAAGUCUGAGACCACAUUGAAAAUCUGGGAAAAAAAAUUUUUUCAUGUAAAACUGGAAAUAAACAGAAGGUUUUAGAAUUUUGAAAUAUUUAAAACAAACACACUGACAGUGCACACUGUCAUUAAAGCAAAAAGGUGACAUAUCAAAUACUACAAAACUCUGAAAUUCAUGUAAAUAUUUCACCUUUCACUCAAGUUGUUGUCAAUAAUAUAAUUUGUAAUGAAAAUUGUUGUAUUAAAUUAGAAGAGAAUGCAAAAUAGAAGUAUUUUCACUAAUUGGUCUCAAACUUUUGGACCCCACUGUAUGUAAACAUUUCCAGUUCCAAAUAUAAAUUUCUUUUAGAAAUCAAAUUCCAAUCUUUGCUAUUUGUUAAAUGAUCCAAUAUCUGAUAUGUUUUCUCUGAUAUACGAUCCACCAUUUUUUUUGCUAGUAUCAGACUGUGUAUCAGAUCAAUGCCAUGUCUGCAGUUAAGUGAUGUUAAAUAUAUUCUUAUCUAAUGUUAGGCAAGCUGAACAUACACUGAUAGAUUUUAUUUAUUUAUUUAUUUAUUUAUUUAUGUUAAUGAACUCAGAACAUUCUCCAUUUCCCUUGACAGAAAGAGAGGGCACCUCAUCUCAAAACAUUAUUAAUGUGAGAUUGGGGGAAGGGGGAGGGUCUUCCAGGGGCUCAGUUAGACACCUGUGCAACUGUCAAUCAUUCCAGCUUCAUAUGUCAAUUGGCUCGUCUGGCAUUUUUAUUGUGGGGGGGGGGAAAGAGGACAUGGUGUAUUUUGCAGUGAUAUCUCAUAGCAGCGUAUUCUGAUGUUAAAAUGCAGAGCUCCUACACGAAAAGGUUGGCAGGUCUCCCUUCCUCAUCUUUGCAUCAGCAAACUGCCUGGUUCUUCACUCGUGUGUGAGAAGAGGAGCUUCACAAUUAUAUAGAUCAACUCCUCUGCAUAAUUUCAUCCACUUCCUGCUCCAAGCCGCCUAAUUUAGCUAUUAGCUGAUGAGUUAUAUCAGAGAAACAGGAGAUAGUAAACUAAAGAGAGAACACAUGUCCACAGCACUGGAGACUGCAGAUUGAGGAAACACUGUUUCUAUAUUGAAGUGAAACCUUUUAUGGAACUGAAUGAAAGGGCAAAAAGUUUUGUGAUAAACAAAUGUUCUGGUAUUUGCCUUGCAUAUAGAGACAAUAAUUUAUUAUUAUUGUGUUUUUUCUCAUCCGGGACAAGUUCAUUAUUCAGUAUGUGUUAAAAAUGUGUUAAAAAUGUCAGUGGUUUAAAGCACUUUGGGUAUGAAACUUUGUCUCACGAGCUCAAAGUUCAACUCCGCAUACAAGCUGUGAUUUUUUUUGUGAUGUAGUUUUAUAUGACGUAGCACUGCCUUAAGUACUGUGUGUGGUUAACUGUAUAAGAGAAAAGAUCAAUAAAAAUCCAUUUAUGGUGUUUUAAAAGUUGUGAA